AUGGCGCCACAGACAACAGAAAAUCCUCAAGUUCAUCGAUCUGACCAUGUCACUAUAUUCCAAAGCGUUCGGCAUGGAUCCGUGUCACUCGCCGACCCUUAUAACUGGAUGACGAACUUGAGCAGUCCAGAGACGCAGGCAUUCAUCGAAGCAGAAAACAAAGCGACAAUUGAUUACUUGAGUGAUGCGAAGCUGGAAACACCCAGAGAACGUCUUCAAAAAAGUCUACUCUCGCUGUGGAAGCUUCCGGUAGUCAGGGAACUACCGAAGAGGCUUCCCACUGGUGACUAUAUCGUCCGGGUGGCGGGCCGAGGUAGCGAACAUCCUAGAUCUUACCAGAUCAGCAUGGAUACAUUGGUCGACUUCAAGACUCCUCGACACGACCCUGCAGUCUUCCAUGACGAGUCGUCCAGCGGCGGUGCAACCAUGGCGUCGUCAUUCAGCCAGACUGGGAAGUAUUGGGCUUUCUUGGCCAGUGUUGACGGGUCCGAUUCGGGAGUUAUUCGAUUCAAGAAUGUACAGUCGGGCGAAGUCCUCAAGGACGAGUUGUCAGACGCUAAGCUGCCAUAUAAACCGAGCUCUGUCAUUAGCUGGAUGGCUGACGAGGGUAUAUUCUACCUACACUGUCCUCAAGAUGCCGAGAGCAAGGUAGGAAUCGUACCAUCGACACUAAGAUUUCAUCCCAUCGGAGCCAAACAAGAGGAUGACGAGAUCAUCUAUCGGGAUCCUAAUAGGUCGGUUCAAACUUUCAAAGCACAUGUAUCGUUGGAUGGAGAGCUUGUCUUCCUCGACAUCUAUGACAAAAGCAGAGCAGGUGUAGUAUUGGCAGCCUCUGUAAAUGGAACUCGGAAGCCUAGCGACAAGCUCAACCUUCAUUUCAACAUGGAAGUAUCUCGAGGGAUAUCCGCUGAAUGGGAUUAUAUUGGUAUCCGGCCGGCGGCCGAGGUUGCAAACCUUGCCAAAGGCCAUAUCUUCUGGACCUCCCAGGACAAUGGGAAAGUCGUGAACUACAUACCAGAGACAGCAACUCUUGAGACUGUCGUUCCAUCCACUCCGGAGCUUACGAUGGUUAUGGCCAGAGUAAUACGUGGCGGGCACAUCGCGGUUGUGUACUCGGUCGACGUGCAGCAUCAAAUUCGAGUCUUCUCACCCUUUGGCGAACUAGUACAAACCCUCGACCAUCUACCAUUUUCGACAAUCAUCGACCUCAGCUACGAUGCUGAUUCGGCGUCAGUACUUGUCCUGGACAACUCAUUCUGUGAUCCUCCAAAACUUUGGAGCGCCCAAGUCAUGUUCGAUACCCGAGGAUCUAGGGCCAAGAUUCUGCGCUUUCGACCCGUCAAUAUCUUUCCACUCCACCACGAAAGAGACGUCCGGAAGUCUUCUCCACAGACUAGGCAAAUCUUCUACGAUUCAGCCGACCAGACCAAAAUCCCCAUGUUCAUCACCGCGCAGGAUACCGACGAUAUCUCCUCUUCGGCUGUCGUUCUCCUUUACGUCUACGGAGGCAAUGGAAUCUCUGUUAUUCCACACUUUAGACCUGACUUUUCCAUCUUCAUGGACGGAUUUCGUGGGACGCUCGCGGUCGCGAAUGUCCGUGGGGGCGGCGAGUAUGGACACAAAUGGCACGCUGCUGCAUGUGGAAAAAAUCGACAACGAGUAAUUGACGACAUCCAUGGCGCCGCACGACAUCUGAGAGUUGAGUUGAGGGCUAGCAAAGUGGUCCUCAUGGGCGAAAGUCUAGGUGCUUUGAACAGUGCGGCAGCAUUGGUCCAGAAACCGGAGCUGUUCGAUGCGGUGAUGCUCAAUGCAGGCCCUUUGGAUGUGCUGCGUCGGGGCGACAUGGGCCUCGGUAACAUAGGCAAAAUUGAACUCGGCGACGUGAGGAUUCCAGACGAGUUUGAUGCCAUGUAUGACUGGGCCCCUAUAGAACAUCUGCAGUCUGGGGCCAGCUAUCCGCCAGUAUUUUUGGUGUCGGGCCUCCGUGACAAGUUGGUGUCUGCCGCGCACAGUUGCAAAUUUACUGCUGCCUUGAAGUAUACGGCGUCUCUGUCUGGCGAUGGAGCCGCAUCACAGAGUCAGUACCAGCAAGGUCGGGACGGCGGUGCUACAAGGAGCCAGUCACCUGUUCAUCUGAGAAUUAUCCAGGAUCUCGGACAUGGUGGGAACAGCUCGACCAAGACGAAGGCAUUGAUAAGUAUGGAGAGAUGGUUGUGGCUUUGCAAGACGCUACAUAUUGAAGUUGUCUAG